AUGGCCGCUACCGUACCCGGCGCCUCCACGCUGGGUCUCUCGAAAGAACACAAGCAGGGGUUUAAGAAGGUGCUGGGGAUCAUGCCGGAGCAGAACGACAAGGAACUCUAUGCGAUCUUCAGGGCCGAUACGCUCAACCGCUUCUAUGUCCCGGCCGUGAUGAUGGGCCACGACCAGCCGGCCCCUCCGUCUGCUCAGACCGUUCACAUCCUGGGGUCCGACGGCCGCUCCAAAUUCUUAUCCCACUCUCUUCACGGAGUCUAUGGCUCGAUACAGACUAUCGACCCGUACCGGACGAACAAAUACACCAACAUUGUGCGGAAUCGUAGCCGUCGGCAAGGGAGCGAGGAGCUCGUGCGGCUCCGAGUCGCCAAUGGAGAAGCGCACACUUCGGAGGUUCACGAGCAGGAGGGCGACAAGGGGCACAUCAGCAACCUCGUCGUCUCAGGACCCCCGAGCCAAACGGUCAAGUUGCUGGAACAGGUGAAAGACCGCGUGGAUGGCCGGACAGCCAUCUGCCUGAUGCAAGACGGCCUGGGCGUGGCAGAAGCCGCCAGCAACAAGGUCUUCACCGACCCCAAGAAUCGCCCGUCCAUCGUCCUCGGCCACAUGACGCACUCCCUAGCCCUCGACCGGAACGCCAACGCCGUGCACUCCAUGAAACCCGACUACCAGACCGCCCUGACCGGCAUCCGCCCCUACUUGGGGAAGAAGUACCAAGGCCUAGAACGCCGCCACCAGCACCAGCAAGGUCCAGCCACCGCCACCGAGUCCUGGCUGCGCACGCAGGACAUGCUCUCCAAAUUCGCCGCCGCCACGGACCUGCACGCCCACGGCGUCCCGCUCGACCAGUGGCUGAGGCUCAAGAUCCCGUCGCUCAUGUUCUCCGCCGUCGCCGAUCCCAUCUGCGUCCUCCUCGACGCCCGCUACGACCAGCUCCUCUGGAACCCGACUGCCACCCGCCUCAUCGGCCAGUUGCUCGACGAGAUCGCCGACGUCGUCGCCCUCAUGCCCGAGCUGCGGAACGCGUCCACCGCCCUGCAGGCCGCCCUGCGCGGCGAGGGCAUGCGGAAACACACCAUCAACCGCCUCAAGGCCAAGAGGGACGCGCCGAGCCGCAUGGCGUUGCAGAUCCAGCGCGGCCAGUUGACCGAUAUCGACUACCUGAACGGCUACUUCAUCGAGCGCGGCAAGCGCUUGGGCGUGAAGCUGCCGGCCAACGAGAUGGUGGUGGGAAUGGUCAAGGCGAAACAUAAGGCGCGGUUGGAAAAGCUUCGGUCCUACGUUCCCUUCGAGAUGACCUCAAGGUUUUAUUAA